AUGGGCCAGAGACAUCAGGCAUUUCUCAUAGCCCGCGUCCGUCCUCACGGUUCUCCUCCCAAUUACCCGGGGCAACGACGUUGCAUAGCAGCUGUGUACCAUCAAUGGUGCUUUGACCAAGCUCCCCUCGAGGCUGCGCGCCGCUUUGUAAACUUGAUCAACAAUUCAGAGAACCUCUCUGUGGUCCGCGCGGAACUUCGGGCUCUUGAGGGACAAUACGGACCACACGGAGAAGAGGAGCCUUGCAUUCCCAAUUACCCUUGCCCGUACACUGCAUCCCUUCUGGGUUCUGCGUGGACGACAGAUCUGGCAGCCGGGCGGAGGAUGUACGCGUCUGGCCUUACGUUGGAGCACAAUAUCAUGCCUGCAUGGGUAGGCUGCUGGGGUGAUGCAGACAAUGAUGACGGAAUCACCAUUCUGGACAUAACUGAGCCCGAUCGGCCCGCGUACUGUUUCUUACGGGAUGAGCGCGUUCUUGAUGCUCGCGGGUACCUCGGGUUCUCUCUCGACGGCGACGAAGCUGUGAAGGGUCUUGAGAGCGUCCCUCUCAUCGCUGCUGAUGUCUUAGCCGAAGCCUGGCCACAAUUUUGCUUCGCAGAUCCUGCAGCCUCCAAGGCGCGGCCCUUUCCUAGAACCGUAAGCGCUACAGUAGCAGAUGCUGCUGCCGUCCCUCCUCUUGUCGACAUGAUUCUCGAUGUCGCCGUCAAGCAUUCCAUCCAUAAUGACGACGACAACGAAAUCGAGCGACUCAUGAGGCUACCGGGCAAGGCACCAGAGAUCAAGAGCAUUCUACGAGGUGUCAACCCGUUCCCGGACUCUGGCGUCCGACUGCUCAUACGCACUUUGUCCGAGUUGGAGGAGGUCGCUCGCGUUGACCUCUCAAACUUCCAGCUCUCCGGCCCACAGCUCGCUCAAGUGUUGUCUGCUGUUGGUGAGAUCGAGCUACUAGACGCGUCGUCCAACUCGGUCCUCGUCGCAGACGAUAUUCCCACCCUUCUUGAGGCGGCCCCGACCCUCCGUCGUCUCGUGGUCAUGGAUUGCCCUUCUAUCGUCGACCGGAAGAUCCUCGAUCUGGUGCAAGAGGAGCCUACUCACUUCAGGACCCUUGAAGGUCUCCUUCAUCCUGCAUUUCUCACUAUUGAGAAGCCACUCUCGUAUCCCUCGGCCUUCACCUUCGUCGCCAUUGACGACAAUGGAGACUUGUCGUGCACUUCCAUACCUUUCUUCACUCCAGCUCAGGCUGUACAGGCGCUGACAGACAUACUGCCGUGGAGGGAUCCGCAUGAGUUCGGCUGCAACGGCGCCCACACUAAGCCCCUCGCGAGCCUUUCUGCAUUCCACGUUGGGCUGCGCAAGUCGGGCCAAACGUUCGGUGAGCGGACGGUGGUGUCUGUGCCCUUGCUUUCCUCGCGGAUACCUCGCGAUCAACAGGACCUCUGGGUGUUCGUGUUGCGCGCACCCGAACGCGACUCCUCUUGGUCCUUCAACAAACGACCUAUCAAGAACAGGUGGGGCUUUGUGCGCUAUAUCAAGGCCGAGGAGGGCCGACCAACCGACGGUCCGCCUUUGACGGACGCCGAUACCACGAGGGCGAAGUCGAUCCUCAACAAACAGCUUGGCUGCUCUGGCCGGGUGUACGACCUGCAAGGUUUUCUCGAGUGCAUGGCGCGCGAGGGGAGGCCAAUGCCGUCCGAAGAGGCGGCGCAGGAGCUGGAACGCCUUCUCUACCAGAAGGUCAUGGAGACGGGCGAGUUUUGCUGCCCGUUCAUGGACCUGGAGGAUGCGGUGGAGAUCGAGCCAACGGGGGUGUUUGCCCGUGAGACUGGAGAGAGGUACCGGUGAUCGGCAGCUUGCUUGAUGUGUCCUUGUGCGUAGGAUGUCUUUCUCGGCGACGGGAUCGUGUUUCUUCAAAGAUUCGAUCUUAGCCCCGAUCGUUGGUAUUUUACGAUGUACUGGAAUCCGGCGACUUUUUUCCUGUACGAUAGCUCAUUGGACGUGUUGUUAGGAGAGUGAGAGGCGGUCCUUGUGGUGGACGUAAAAUGUAAUGACGGAUAUUGCCAUCGAAGCGGAAUACGCGGAUAGAACCCUGGUAUGAUGUUUCCUAGUCGCUCCACAUGGACAUGCUGCUGUUCAUUUGAUGUGGCAAUAUCUAACCCUCACGCUACAGGUGAACGUCAGGUCAAGGCUCUGUUCUGACAGUCCUAUUGCCGUACUUUGUCUUACACCCGUAUCAUUACCGUCGUGUACGUUUGUCGAGCGAUGCAAACACUCGUCUUGAUCGUUAAGAAGGUUACAUGUGCUGGUAUGUGAUGACAUACUCUCAUCUCAAUCGGG